GUAAGCGUACAGACAGGCAGGCGCGCAGCUAUUGCUAAACUCGCUAAAAACGUCUUCACACACAAUAUUCAAAACCGAGCACCCAAUUGAACGCGCCAAUAGUUACGAACGCGCAGGCGUAGAACGAAGUGCAGCAAAGUGCUAUUGUCGGCUGAGUGCAGUGCAGUGCGUGUCCACAAAAAAUAUAGAAAAUCACAACAAAAAUUUAAUUCAUAAUAAUUAAACAAGUGUACCUAACCUUAAAGUGUGCCAAAAUCUUAAUAAAUAAUUUGAGUUUGUGUGCAAAAAAAUAAAUAGGUUGUAAGAAAAGCUAAAUUAUUGCUUGCAAUAUUGAAAUAAGAGAAAUAAAUUAACUUGUGCGUACAUAAUUACCGUUACGCAAUAGUUCACUUGUCUGCUCAUCAAUAUUGACGAGCCGAAAAAAUGCAGUUGCCUUUAGUGUCGACAUUGCUUGGCGCGGUGGUCUUAACGGUACUGCUUGGUUACUUACCCAGCACAGAGGCUGCCUCAACUCAACGACCUUACGAGUUUGGUUUCACAAUCGAGAAGCAGCAGCAUCGUCACGAGAAAAAAGAUGAGCGCGGUAUUGUUAUGGGAGAGUUUGGUUUCAUAACCGCCGACGGCAUUUAUCACGUGACAGUCUAUGCAACUGAUGAGGAGGGCAAAUUUCGCAUAUUAGCUAUGCGCAGUUAUCCCUAUGAGGAGAAUCCAAAGACAAUCGAAAUGGUGGUGCGGCCGAAGGCUAAGCCGACUACACCUUCCCCUAGCACGACAACAGAGCGCGCCAAACCAAAACCUUUCGAAAAACACAAUUUCAGUGUACAAGGUUGUUCCGGCUGUUUUAUUAAAAAUAACGCACCAAAAACAACACAAAAGCCUGAAGAUAAAAAGUAUGACAUAAGUCUCCUAUCAAAGCCGCUUGCACCAGAAGGGACACCUCUUAUUGGUAAGCAAACUGUUUCGCAAGUUUUGCCGCAAGUGAUACAAGAGGUACAACUAGUCGAAACAAGAUUGAAACAAACAACCACAAAUGUGGUACCUAGGGUAACUGCAGGUAUAACCUCAGCUAUUAAUUUGGCAUUAUCAGAAAAGAAUAGACAACAACAAACAACACAAAAAGUACACACUGGAUUUCUGGAACCUCAGCUAACAACAAUCAAAGCACAGACAACACCAACUUCACAAUCCGCUGCCCCACUUACGGCACAAACAAAUAAUAUAAAUGCCGGAAAGCCAAUUGCAGGACUUAGCACAAACACUAACCACCUGAAUCUUUCAGACAAUGCACACACAAUCACACGAAAACCCCAACUAACAACAACACAAAAAGUACAGGGUUCAAAACCUGCGCAACACAAUUCAGCACUCGUGACACAAACACAAAUCAAACCGUUAGAAACACUAAACACUAACGGCCAUCAUUUGAACCCGGCUUUUGUACAGAACAAAGCACCCAAAAUUCCUUCGGCAGUCGCAAUUCCGCAAAAUACUAAAACACCCGCGACACAAGCUCAGAUAAAAGUGCCAAAACCAUUAGAAACAUUUAGCACAAACGCAAACCAUUUGAGCCCUGUCAUUGCGCCGAACGUAGCAACACCACCUGGUACCGCUUUAAAUGCCGGAAAAGCGAAGACCUCAACCACCGGCGCAAAUGCACCACAAGCACCCGGUAAAACCGGUACAAACGCAGCUCCCAAAGCUCCCAGCAAUCAACCCUCUGGCGGCGUUAAGGGUGCAACCAGUAGUAUUUCAACCCCUAACACACAAAUUACGGCUCCGGCGAUCAAUGCUGGCAGCACUGGCGGCGGAAAAGGCAACGCAGGCGGCGCAAGUACAGGUAUCGGUGGUGCUAAUGGUGGAAAUAGCGGCUUUGGUGGAGCCAAUAACUUUGGCGGAAAUAGUGGAAGCGGCGCAGCAAAAGGGGCUGCAGGCAUUAAAGCAGGUGGUACCGCUGGUUUUGGCAGCGGUGUGCCUGGAGGUAAAGCAGGCAGCGCUGCAGGUUUUGCUGGCGGUUCUCCUGGAAACCAAGCUGGCAACGCUGCCGGCUUUGGUGGCGGUUCAACUGGCAGUAAAGCUGGUGGUGCUGCAGGUUUUGGCGGCAGUUCGAUUGGCAGUAAAACUGGCAGCGCUGCAGGCCUUGUUGGCGGUCCAGCUGGCAGUAAAUCUGACAGUGCUUUAGGCGAAGCGGGAGAUUUGUACCGCUUCAAAUAUCUGCUGGACUACAAUGGUCACCGGGAAACCGGCUCGCAUAGUGGCAAUAAGGAAGGUAGCUUCUACGCCAUUGGCGAUGACAAUGUGGAACGCACCAUUGAGUAUAUCGCGAAUGAAUUCGGCUACCAGCCGCGUGUGCGUUUCCGUAAAUUGGACGCGCCUGUGCAAGCAAAAGAGAAUACGCUGAAAGAUUACGAGUUCGUGUGGUUCAAAAAGGCAUAAGCGCCAGAACAAUGAUGUCGCUAAAUAAUUUAUAAUUACAUUCUUGUUUUUGUUUAAUUUAUUUAUGCUGAAGUUGCUGUUGCAGCAGCGAGCGUAUGAGCGGAGUGGCAGCUGAAAGAGAAUACUCAAUAAAUGCAAUG